GGCUUCCGUAGUUCGCGACACACUGAGAGCGCUUUGUAUGCUAGGCUACUGAGUAUCUCGUCAAGUUUAGCCUACAGUGAAUGAAUGCUGUGUUCGCAAUGGCGAAUGACAGGCUGAGAGCGUUAGAAGAUGUGGAGAAGGAGAUUGCUUUAGUGCUGCAGAGCGCAGGAACGAUCGUUCUGGAGCUUUCUAAAGAGAAGGCCAAUGCCAGUUUAUUAGACCGACAGCUGAACCAGUUCCAGACCUCCAUCAACAGAGUUGAGAGUGAACUGAGUGCACAGAUCCGGUAUCUGACACAGGUGGCAACAGGUCAGCCUCAUGAGGGAUCGACAUACUCGGCCAGAAAGGACUGUCAGAUGGCCCUAAACCGUUCAGAGUAUGCCCGCGUCAAACUGGGAGAGCUGGGACGCACCUGUGAGAUAAUGCUUGACCCGCAGACGUAAAGACAUAUUAAAUGGACUGUUGCUUUGUAAUAUCUGCCAGCUGACUUCAUAAGUAUCCACGUGCAUCAAAACCUUUUUGAAUACCGUCUACAAGCCAACAACACUUAUUAUUCUUCAUAUUCUAAGGAAAUUUUCUUUGACACCCAGUGAUUUGCUUACAAUAUCACCAAAGCUUUCCGAGAAGUCUUAUUGAGAAUUGUUACAUGUUUUCUGAUUUUCUGUUAUCACUUUUUUUAAUAGGUUUGACAAAAGAACAAUAAAAAAAUGUUUUCACUAGUAUUUUAUUGAAGGGAACAUAAGACUCUCCAUUCACAUUUCUUGUGUUGUUCAUCACAGUUGCGUUAAUAUCAAGUAUACAGCACAAGGGUUGCAGGGUGUACUUCAAUAAAAUAACAGACAUUUAUAUUACCACACAAACAUUUAAACAUUGAAAUAAAAAAAAGUCAAACAUUCACACAU